UAUUAUUAAGUAAAAAUGCUUUGGUUAAUUGCAUUAGGGCUGAGUAAUAUACUGCUAAUACAUAUAAACGGUUUUCUUAUGCAAGACACAUUCAACGUAUUGCUGAAAGACAACAAGAAAUACAAGGUGGAUCUCGUCAUCACAGCGGAUGAUAUCGAGAUGAUACACAAAAAAGAAUUAAAACCGUUCAAAUUAGAGAAAGAGGCGGGGAAAUUCAGAGAAAUAUAUAAAAUGGCGAGAAAGGCACAUUACAAAUAUGCGCCAAAAAUAAAACCAAAAACUACCGAAACAUCUUUCGAAGCAGCCAUCUUGCCGAUUAUAGUGGUGAAGAGCAAACAGAACACUGUCUUGACCACCUAUAUAGGAACACUUCCUGCCACUACAAGCAUAAAAAGAGAAAUAAAACGUAACUACGAAACUGAAUACGACUACGAUCAAUUAAUAAACGAGUAUUAUGAUGAAGCGGACAGCGAAUCUCUGUCCGGCAAUGCGUAUCACAUGAGAAACUCAGGUUUCGAAGUAUCAGAAUACGGAACAUUUCCCGCGCUAAAGCGAAUAUUUUUGAUAAGCCCCACUACGAACUGCUCAGAAGAAAGGGGCAUAGGAAUAGAAGCACUGAAGUGCCUGUAUGAAGACUACAUGGAACAACGUCAGUCGAUGAACGAAGUACUAGCGCGGUUUUGGAGUAUCUUCGGGGUUUGGAUUAUUGUCUAUCUGGUCAUUGCUAUACCUCUGUGGUGUACGAGAGGUUGGUGUUGUUGCUGCCUCCGCUGCAAGUUUUUCAAGCCUCGGCAGACAAUAGAGGAAGCCAAGAAAUACGUUGUUCUAUAUCCACCAGGAAUAUUCAAAACUAAGUCUGGAAUAAUUUACUAUGAGCCCACUGAACGAGAGAGAGAGUGUUACGAAGAGUUUGAGCAUUUCAUUAAAACUUUGUAG